GUCUGAGGCGGAGGGCUUGUGCUUUCAUUGACGUUUUGCUCUACCGGCAUCUGACUAAAGUGGCGUUAGGCUUUCAGGAGCUCAGGGCACACCCCUGUCAUCAAGUGCUAUCCCAGACUGUAGACACAACUAAAGCAUAAAAGUUAUCAAAUUCCGAGGAAAUCCAGGGAACACACAAAAAAGAAAGAAAGAAAAUGAUAACGACACUACGUGCGCUUCUGUGGCUUGCGACUGUCUGCUUAUUGACCGACUCUGCACUUUCUUCUACCUGUGCCCAGAAUUACUUCCAGUGUGCCAACGAAAGAUGUGUCCCCUACCGCUGGAUCUGCGACGGUACCGAUGACUGCGGCGAUGGCUCCGAUGAGCUCUACUCUUCAUGCCAACUGAAGACGUGCUCACCCAGUGAAUUCAGCUGUGGCGGUGCUAUGAACCAGUGCGUCCCCCGUGAGUGGCAUUGUGACUCGAAGGUGGACUGCGAGAACGGCGCCGAUGAGCUCAAUUGUCCCCUCAAAAACUGCACGGACGACGAGUUCCGCUGCCGCAGUGGGAAGUGCAUCUCGGUGCAGUUUGUGUGCGAUGAAGAGAAGGACUGCGACGACGGCAGCGAUGAAGACUCGUGUCCCACUCCCACUUGCGGACCCAACAUGUUCCAGUGCAACAAUUCUGCGUGCAUCCCCCUGCUUUGGGCCUGUGAUGGAGACCCCGAGUGCCUUGACCAGUCCGACGAGUGGCCUCAGAACUGCCCGGGGCGCAAACCCUCCACUUCAUCUCACUGCUCGUCACUCGAGUUCCAGUGCGGCAGCGGCGAGUGCGUCCACCAGAAGUGGCUCUGCGACGGCACCAACGACUGCCGGGACCACUCGGAUGAGACCAACUGUGAAAAGCCGACAUGCCGCCCGGACGAGUUCCAGUGCAACGACGGGACCUGCAUACACGGCAGCCGGCAGUGCGACCGGGAGUACGACUGCAAGGACCUCAGUGACGAGUUGGGCUGCGUCAACGUGACGCUGUGUGAAGGACCAGACAAGUUUCAGUGCAAGAGCGGCGAGUGUAUAAAGAUGGCCCAGGUGUGUGACAAGCAGAGGGACUGUAGGGACUGGUCAGACGAGCCCCUCAAAGAAUGUGAAACCAACGAGUGCCUGUACAACAAUGGCGGCUGCUCUCACACUUGCAAUGACCUCAAAGUUGGGUUCGAGUGCCUGUGCCCUUCUGGCUUCCAGCUGGCCGAUAAGAAACGCUGCCAAGAUAUCGAUGAGUGCCAAAACCCAGACGCCUGUAGCCAGAUCUGCAUCAACCUGGAGGGGGGCUACAAGUGCGAGUGCCGGGAGGGCUACCACCUGGACCCCGUGAACAAGUCGUGCAGAGUGAUGGGCACGGUGGCCUAUUUGUUUUUUACAAAUCACCACGAAGUGCGCAAAAUCACACUGGACCGCAGCGACUACAAGCGCCUCAUUCCUCGCCUCAAGAACGUGGUAGCCUUGGACAUGGAGAUCCCGACCAACAAGAUCUACUGGGCCGACCUUUCCCAGAAGAAGAUCUACAGCACACACAUGGAGAAGGCGGACAACUCGUCCCACCACACCACUGUCAUUGGGAACGACAUUGCCGCUCCUGAUGGCAUUGCAGUCGACUGGGUCCACAGGAACCUCUACUGGACGGACUCGGAUUUAAGCACCAUCUCCGUGGCGACGACUGACGGCACUCGCCGGAAAACGCUCUUCAGAAACGGGCUGGCCAAGCCCAGGGAUAUCGUGGUGGACCCCGUCAACGGGUUCAUGUACUGGACGGACUGGGGGACCCCUGCCAAGAUUGAGAAGGCCGGGCUCAACGGCGUGGAUCGCAUUCCUCUGGUGACGGACACAAUCGAGUGGCCUAAUGGGAUCACGCUAGAUCUGGAGAGCAAGCGGCUCUACUGGGUCGACUCCAAGCUGCACACCAUCUCCAGCAUUGACGUCCACGGCGGAAACAGGAAGACCGUGGUGGCGAGUGAAGACAAGCUGGCCCACCCCUUCUCCCUAACCGUCUUUGAGGACAAGGUCUUCUGGACGGAUGUUGAAAACGAAGCGAUUUUCAGUGCUAACCGACUGACAGGAGAGGACAUCAUGGUGGUGGUCGAGAAUGUGUUGUCCCCCCAAGACAUCAUCCUCUACCACAACGUCAAGCAGCCCACUGGAGUGAACUGGUGUGCAAACAACAAUGGAGGCUGCGAGUACCUGUGCCUUCCUGCCCCCCAGAUUACUCACCACUCGCCUAAAUACACCUGCGCUUGCCCCGAUCACCUGGUUCUGGCUGCCGACAUGAGGCGAUGCGUGCCAGCUGAUGAAGUGCCACUUAGUACGUCAAAGUCAGGUGGGCGGCCCGCCACCACCACACACAGUCCACCCCCGAGGAGAACUUCAGUUGUGCCAAAGACCACUACGCCGUCAGCACCCCGUAGCAGCACAGCAUCCCAGGUGGACACGACGGCUCUGCCAACACACCAAGAAGCCAUCACUCUGUCCCAGCACACACUCGGUGGUGUCAAAGUAAGCGCCAACCUCCAGAAGAGUUCCUCGCCGACGGCCCUCUACAUUGUGCUUCCCAUCGUCAUCCUGUGCCUCAUUGGGUUCGGCGGCGUCCUGCUGUGGCGAAACUGGCGCUUGAAGAACACCAACAGCAUCAACUUCGACAACCCGGUGUACCAAAAAACGACCGAAGACGAGAUCCACAUCUGCAGGAGUCACGAUGGCUACUCGUACCCCUCGCGGCAGAUGGUGAGCCUCGAUGAAGAUGUGGCUUGAGGACUCGCACAGAGGGGACGACUUGGUGCGGUUCGGGAUUUUGUGUUUUU